AUGGCGUCCAAGCGCAAACGCAGUCAUGCCAAAUCCAAGACCGUAAAAUCUCGCAAGAUUCUUUCUGGGAAUCUUACAUCUAAAUCGAAUACCAAUUCCCAUGCCUCGCACUCGACGUUGCGGAACAAUGGGGACGAGAGCUACAUUCAACGGAUACCUACUGAGGUCCGUCUAAUUGUUUAUGCUGCAGUUGUAACACAAGAUGCCCCUGUCAGGCCGGUCCAAGUAGAACACAGGUCAAACAAGUUCUAUACGCCACAACCUGCAGUACACAACUUCACGAGUCUGCUUUUGACUUGCCGGCUUUUCUACAAUGAGAUCCUCGCUCAUCCAUACUUCUAUACAAGAAAUACAUUUAUAUUCAAAAACAUUGAGACCUCGAGCACCUUUCUGGCAGCCUUGGUGCCGGCGCGUCGUUCAUAUAUACGCCAAGUCGAUAUUCAGAUCGCUCCUUUCGAGUUAUGGGCGGCCAAAAAGUUCAUAUGCUCGACUGCAUACUUGCUUUCUCAUUGCACCUCCCUGAGGCAAGUAAGAAUGAUUUUCACCGCUUGCCGUUUGUAUACCGACCUGCCCUUCUGGUUCGACGACCUCCGACAAGAAUGCAUGAAUACCAAAAACGGCCCUUUCAAAAGUUUCGCCCUGCUAAGAAAUAUUCAACACUUUGAGGUGUUGGUAGAGUGUGGCAGUUGUGGUGAGAUCAAGCUCGUGGGCUUGGGUACACCAUCAGGUGCCGAGUUUUCCGAGACGCAUGAUUACUUUCGAUGGGACGAAGAAUUGAUGAGAAUUGUUCAACUCUUGAGCACCUCCUUGGAAAAUUUAACCCGAAAUUGCUACACGAAAGACGAUACAUAUGCACCAGUAACUGGGUCACAAUUGCAAGAUGCUCUCCGCGCUUCUGGCAUUGAUGUUUAUAGAGAAGACAGAAUCAGGCGGAACAGUCAAGGAGGCUUCAUCUCAUGCAGAACUCGAGGACGGUUGCACAGGUUAAAGGAGGUUUCGAUGAAUGGGGUCAUUCCCGAGGCUCCAAUGAACCUCAAGUACCUGGAAGUCGAUGAGUACAACGAUAAUGGCCGUAUAUAA